UUGUGAUCACUACAUAAAUAACAGUAAGGCCCUCCGUGAGGCCAUGUGCUUCAUGAUGGAUCCUACAUCAGGGAAAAAAAUAUGCUAUGUACAGUUUCCUCAAAGAUUUGAUGGGAUUGAUCGACAUGAUAGAUACUCGAAUCGCAAUGUUGUGUUCUUUGAUAUCAAUAUGAAAGGUUUGGAUGGCAUCCAAGGACCAAUAUAUGUGGGAACUGGGUGUGUCUUCAGGAGGCAGGCACUUUAUGGAUAUGAUGCCCCUUCUUCAAAGAAACCACCAGGGAAGACAUGUAACUGUUGGCCUAAAUGGUGUUGUCUGUGUUGUGGAUCAAGGAAGAAAAAGAAUAGAGCAAAGUCAAGUGUGAAAAAGAAGAUAAAGAAUGAUGCGAAGCAAAUGCAUGCACUAGAAAAUAUUGAAGAGGGAAUUGAAGGAAUUGACAAUGAGAAGUCGUCACUAAUGUCUCAACAAAAGUUUGAGAAGAAAUUUGGGCAAUCAUCUGUUUUCAUAGCUUCAACACUGUUGGAAGAUGGGGGUCUUCCAAAAGCAGCAAGUUCUGCAACACUCUUGAAAGAAGCCAUCCAUGUAAUUAGUUGUGGUUAUGAAGAUAAGACAGAUUGGGGGAAAGAGGUGGGGUGGAUAUAUGGCUCUGUUACUGAAGAUAUUUUAACUGGUUUCAAGAUGCACUGUCAUGGUUGGAGAUCUGUGUACUGCAUGCCAAAAAGGCCUGCUUUUAAGGGUUCAGCUCCUAUAAAUCUCUCAGAUCGUCUGCAUCAAGUUCUUCGUUGGGCACUUGGAUCUGUUGAGAUCUUUUUUAGUAGGCAUUGUCCUAUAUGGUAUGGUUAUGGUUGUGGCUUGAAAUCGCUGGAACGCUUCUCUUACAUAAACUCGGUUGUUUAUCCUCUGACUUCAAUCCCCUUAAUAGCCUACUGCACUUUGCCAGCCGUCUGUCUGCUCACUGGGAAGUUCAUAGUCCCUGAGGUAGGAUUAAUUUUAUUAAAUUUGAUUACCACCAUGAGUCUUAGUACAGGUUACAUCCUAGGACUGCAUAAACAUAGGAGCAAUUCUAGCAUAAGUACAGUGCCUAUAGGCACAACCAUUCGAAAGCUAAAGAUGUGUCAAAAUUAUAAUGAAGUCUGUAGUUAAGUGUGUGCUAAAGUUAUUUGAAGAGUGCUACGUUAAAAUUUGUUUAAAAUUACCAAAUUGUGAGAGUCAUUAA